AUAGAGGGUACUAUGUACUUGUAGAAGCAACUGUGCUACGAAUUUAUAAGAAAUCUUCGGAUUAUUGACUUACAGAAGCAUUCGCAAUCUGUCGGUUGAGUUAAGCGGUCUGAGCUCGGAACAAAUAAUUAAUAUAAUAAUAGAAACUAAUUCAAUGAGCGAAAUAUUCAAUCUAUAUUGAUACAGUUAUCAGUCAGAAACAGAGACAGAGAGAGAGGGAGAGAGAUAGAGAUUGAAAGGAAGAGGGGGCAUUACAAAAUACGUAAUUAAUUUAAAUCAAUCAAAAGUCAAUCAGAGCAAGUGCAAAAUGGCAUUGUCCAAAAUUGAUACGAUCGAUACGGAAAUGGCGCACAUCGAUCAGGAGAAAUAUUUGCGACAGGCCACACAAUAUUAUUGCGCGUUGGAGAAACCGCUGAAAUACGGACCGGCUGUGGAUACACUGCCUGAUCUGGUAAAGGCGCUGCAUCGCGAAUUCGAAUCAAACUAUGUGAACAUCGAGAUGGUCAAUCAUCUGAUGUUGGCCUACAAAUCGAACCCGAAGGAAUGGCGCAAAUAUGCCAAGUUCGAUCGUUAUACGUACACCCGGAAUCUGGUCGAUGCUGGCAAUGGCAAGUUCAAUUUGCUCAUACUGUGCUGGGGUGAGGGGCACAGCUCCUCGGUGCACGAUCAUGCCGAUUCGCAUUGCUUCAUGAAGAUGCUGAAAGGUGAGCUGCGCGAGAAACGCUAUCGUUAUCCCAAUCGGCCGGAUAACGACAGAGUCCAGCAGCAGGAGCAGCAUGGAGAGAUCGAUGAUCGUUCGUUGGUGGAGAUGGGUGAAACGCCCAUACCACUCAAUGAUGUGGCCUAUAUAAAUGAUAACUUGGGACUGCAUCGCGUGGAGAAUCCAAGUCAUGCGGAUACAUCCGUUUCCCUGCAUCUCUAUUGUCCACCCUUCGACACGUGCAGCAUCUUCCAGGAAAAUUGCAAGAAGACCACCGCCAAGGUGACAUUCUGGAGUAAAUACGGUGUUCGAACCAAACUCGAUGAGCAAUAGAUAAAUGUGCAAUUCCAACUUAUUUGUUAUGUAAUUAAUGCUUAGGUCUCUCGCUAUUAUAAGUUUAAUAUAUUUCUUGAUACACACACA